AUGAUACUUGAUCCAUCGGCCCCCCACCCCCAUGUACAUACAGAUGAUGAAGUACUGGAAUUUUGGGAGAUGAUGGAAAGGAUGGUAGAAUUAACUGAUGUGAGCCAGGGUGAAGCCAAUGCUGCUCUUGUUGGCUAUGUGAAGAGAGCUUGUGAUAACUACAUGGUUUACAUCAAUUCUGAUACCGAUUUAUGUCGAAUGGCUGCAAUAUUCAUCGAUUCCAAGGUUUUUAAACAGAGGGAGGAGUUUUGCCUAAGUAAACUGCUGUCAUUACUGAGUAUUGAUCUAUUAGAAUUAAACAUGAAAUUUCUCAUAGCGUACAUUUUACUUUGGGACUCCAAGAAUAAUUUAAAUUCCUUGGAUACAAUGCUGAAUUACCAGGGGUUCAACGUCUUUUAUAAUACCUGCUACACCCAAUUUGCAUAUUUAAUCAAAUAUGGCGAGCAGCAGGAGCAAAGAUAUAACCUCCAUGAAUCAGAGGAGAUUGAAUUGAGAAUUAUUGAUGACAUGAAGCAAAUUUCCACCGUACUUUUAGAUUUACUCUUCCAAAUUUUCAAAUAUUGUAAAUGUACAAUGGAAAAUGUUCAAAUGAUAGAUGAUUUUUUUGUCUAUUAUUUGAUGGCUACUAUGAAAUCUGAUUCAGUUAAUGAUAAUGAUAUGUUCAAUAACGUUAAAUUUAGGCUUUCAUUGGCGUUAAAUGAACAGUAUAUGAUGUUUAGUCGGGAUUACGAAAUUGAAAAUAAAGUUUACAAGUACCUCUGUAACGAUACGAUGCAUACGGAUUUCCCAGAGUUAUUCCUACUAAAAUUUAACCGAGCACAAGAUAGCACCUUAAAGAUUAUGAUGUGCAAAAUUCUUUAUCUGAUUUUGAACAGUACAAAUGACCACGUUUCGAUGAAUUUCUUCUAUACCAAUGACUUAAAUGUCUUCGUGGACGUUAUGAUCAGAGAGUUACAAAAUAUUUCAGAUAAUGAUGAACUCUUAAGGAAUUACUAUUUGAGAGUGCUAACACCCCUUUUAAAAAACACUGAACUUUGCAAUACACAUUAUAAAAAAGACGAAAUUAACAAUUUGUUACAUUAUUUGACUCGUGUGGACAAUAUCUGUGGUACUGAUGUACCCACACAAGAACAACAGUUGACUUUAAAAUUAGCCAAUAAAUGUUUGAACCAAGUGCCAUGGCUCGAGACAAACGGUGACGAUUGGGAUUCCGAUUCUACGAGCGCUAGAUCUAGUAUUACCGGAAUAACACCUGUGACGAAUUCGACACCCACGGAUAGGCAACCACGUCAAUUGUAUUCUAACCCAGAAAUGGUAUACUCAGCAGAAUCACUCGGUAGGAGAAAGACAAGGCCUCCACCUCCACCUCCAGCUAGAAAAGUUCGUAUGCCAUAA